AUGAAGAGCACAACUUCGCACCAGGGGCCUGGAGAGAUGGACCUCACUGGGAAGAUGUUCCGCAACCACCUGCAAGGGGGAACCUCGCCACUGUGGAUGCCAGACAUCAGAGAGAUCAUCUCAGAGAAUACUUCGUCUCUCUACUUAGAGAAGAAGAUCCCAAAGAUUGUCAAGGCCAGGCGCAGCCUUGCUCCACGCCACUGCUCACAGGAACUGACUCAACUGAGGAAAGCUGGUGUGUAUAAUGAUGAGCAAGAAGUUGAAUGGGAUAUUGGUUUUCUACGAGGCCUGGUAGCUGGGUUAGAGAGGACCUUCAAGGCUAAAGCAGAAUGUGAAAUCCACUGCGCCAUUAUCGUCAUCAGUGCUUUGAACCUAAGCCUCCGAGCCGAAGACUUGACCGAACUCAUUGAUCAGAUAAAAAAAAUGACUGGGCAACCGCCUAUCGUGGUCAUCACCCACCGGAAACACCAUGACGUACGGGAAGAAAUCAUCGGUGAUUUCCUGACGGGACUGCAGCAGCAGCGCAUCGAUUACGUGUACGAGGUCGAGAACUACACCACGUCUGAUCACGAGUAUGAUGCCGAGAAGCAUCUGGUUCUCCUUGAAGCCCUCUAUCAAUGCUGCCUCGUUGGUGACAAGGUCAUGAAAUACAGGGAAACCAAUCAGGGUUGUGUUAUUCUGUAAUCUCCAUCAUCCCUGGUAUUCUGUAGGUUAAAUUCCCACUUGGUCUAAACCCACUCUGUUUACUGUCUAUUUGGUCUCAUCCUUCAUGAUGGUCUAGUCCCAGUUCGUCCACAGCCAGUUUGUCCACAAACCAUUUAAUUCGUCUAAUUGCCAUUUAUUCCAUUUACAUUUUUUCAAAUUUCAAUUUAGGCUAAAUCUAUAACAUCCAAUAACUUGGUCGUGCCCCACUCCAUGUAUUAUAAUCUAUAUACAACAAAUUUGACCUCGACUGUAGUGUAAAAAAUGUAUGUAGACGAAGUGGAUUAUCAUACACUCUGGGCAUUAGAAUAGAUUACAGUUAGACGAAGUGGGGAAAAAAAUGCCAUAUGCAACCUUUACAUGAUUUAGAUAAUUAAUUAUGCAAAAGCGUUAAUUUGAGUUUUUCAGUGUCAUGGAGAAGUACUACAAACUUAGGUUAGAGGUGCAUGAAAGGUUAAAGUUAAAAGCCAUGAAGACGCGCACGAAGAUGAAGAAGGAGAAGGAGAAGAAGAAGAAGAAGAAGAAAAGGAGAAGAAGAAGGUGAUGAAAGUCUGUAAAUUUAUUAAUUUGUAAAUAUUCAUUUGUGUGAAUUUCUUAUAAACCAUACACUUUGCCUUUAUUAUAUAAAUGAGUAUAUUUAUUCGGAUAAAAACAAGUUAAGAAACCGAGCUUAUCAUGAAUAUCGUAAGCAUAAUUUAUGAAGAGAUGAUUACAUUUUUCUUCGUUUCACUGCCUAUCACUAUUCUUGUGUUUGAAAUAUAUCAUUAGUUUUUACUAUUUCAUGUAUUUUGUGUACUGUAUAAUCUCAGUGUUGUAGUGCCUUGAUGCUCGGCCUUGGCCUUAAGGCGCCUUAAGGCCUAUUUUUUCAAAGGCUUGGCCUUGAGAGGGCCUUGGCCUUGAGGAUUUUGAGCCUUGCAAUUUCAAGGCAUUUCAAGGCAUUUUCAAGGCUUUUUCAAGGCAUUUUGUAUUAUACUUUCAUUUUUUAAAUAUAAGUAAUCAUAAAUGUUUCAAUUGUUCUGUAUAUUUAAUGACACUAAUGGUCAAAAAUACCAGUCACCAGUAACAGUAGCAGCAGCAGUAAGUGUACUAGCAGUGUCAUCAAUUUUAAUUAUUAAAUCAUCAUUAUUAAGAAUUAUCAUCACAUAUGUAACAAUAUACAUAAUAUUAUUAUUCAUUAAGAAUGCACACGGUAGACAACAACACACUAUAUAAAUUAGAUAAUGGAAAUAGAGGGUGUCAACACAUUCGCAAAGU